AUGGCCAUUGCUCAGCUCUCUCACCCCAUCAGAAUUCGCAAGGCAUAUAAGGGACCAAUUUUCCCAUCCCAAAUUAGUGAUCAGGAAGAGUCCUUGGCAACGGUGAAGAAACUUUUUGCUACUUGUAUCUCAUGUAUAACGUACUUAAGGGGCCUGUUUCCAGAAAGCUCUUAUGGAGACCGCCAUUUGGAAGACCUCAAUCUAAAAAUCCUCCGAGAAGAUAAAAGCUCUCCUGGGUCUGAGCUUAUUAUUAAAUGGAUUCAAGGUUGCUUUGACGCUUUGGAAAGGGGAUACCUACACAUGGCAAUCCUUACACUUUACCCAAAUCCCAAGGAACCUGAGAAAGUGACUGAGAUAUACCAGUUCAAAUUCAAAUACACAAACGAAGGAAUCACUAUGGAUUUUGACAGCAGCAACACGAGCAUUGAGAGCGGGACAAAGAGGGGCCACAUUAAGAAAGCCAGCAUCCUGCUACUCCGCAAACUGUACAUGCUGAUGCAGAACCUCGGCCCCCUUCCCAAUGACGUCGUCCUCACUAUGAAACUCCACUACUACAACGCAGUGACCCCCGAUUAUUACCAGCCCCCCGGCUUUAAACACGGGGUGAACUCGCACGUCGUGCUGUUCGAGGGGGAGCCCGUAAACCUGCAAGUGGGCGUCGUCUCGACCGGCUUCCACAACAUGAAACUCAAAGUCAUCACGGAAGCCGCCAGAGUGUCUGAUCUGGAGGAUAACCUCUUUCAGGAGAACAGCGUUUCCGAGGUCGCCCCUCAGGCUCCAGACGGCGAUGAGGAAGAGGAGGGGAGCAGCAACCAAGUCCCGAGAAGGAGCAUUGAGCUCAGUCAGCAAAGUUCCGAGAGCGCCAGGAAGAGGAGGAAGGUCAGCGAGCCGCUGAGACGCAUCGUCCUUGGAGAGGAAACGAGAUGA